GAGAAAUAAAAAUCUCUAUACAAUAAUAACUAUUGUGAAAUCUUUUCGUUUUGAUAUGAAAUAAAAUGAGUGUUAUGAGUUAAAUUGAAUGAAUGAAAACUUGGAUUACUUAUAAAACGUAUUGCAUACUACUUCAUUACCAUCAAUCAUUUGCCGGCUCUUAUACAAUACGGUGGUAGGAGAAAUUAUUAAAUUCAAAAUGAAGUGUGUAAUAGUUAUAACUAUUGUUUCUUUUGUUGCUUAUGUUCAGUGUUUGAAUUUAGAACAACGGGAUUUGUUAUUGAAACGGAAGGAGUUUUGCAUGGAGAUCACUAAAGUGGACCCAAGUCUAGUGAGGAAACUGUCGCGAACCAACUUCAGGGAUAAAGAUUCCCCAUUGGGCAGAUUUGUUCACUGCUUGCUGGUGCAAUCAGAUUUGAUGUCAAACGAGGGUAUUUUGAAAUUCGAUGUGUUCCUAAAUAAGAUCCCUGGCGAAGGUAAGGGACUCGAUAUAAGGAUCUGAUGGAGAGGCUCAUGAUGACUUGUAUGAACAGAGGUACCUUCCACCGCCUGGAGGAUAGGGCUGUUCUGUUGUACAAAUGUUUCAAGGCUAUCUACCCUGAUAAGGUCCAUACAUUGUUUUUGUAAAAGUAACUAAUUAUUAAAAAAAUCAAGAUCAACCACGCAAUAAAAAAUAUACAGAGGAAUUAAGAAACUUCUUGUUUUGAAUUUGGAUACACUUAGUUUGUGUGGAUUGUGUGUCCGACAAAGCUUUAUAACAAAACAAGCGCCAACUUAAAAAAAUCCUUUGUAAU